AUAGUGCACGUUUGAAGAGGUGGAAAUUAUUUUGGAUCAAUAAAAAAAAAAAUCUCAUCAUGAAGAUAUUAUGCAGUUUGAUGGGGAUUUUAAUCCUUCGACAAGCUAUCGCCGGAAUCGUUAGGAAACCGCCGGCAUUUUCAACACCAAUAUACUCGAAUUCGUAUCUCCCUGCCGCCAUGCAGGUAAUUUUUCACACGGUUGAGCAAUUGAAAUUACUCCAAACGGAAGAAAUAUUGCAAGAAUCGUUAGUAACUAACCCGACAUCGGCAACUCAAUCAAUGAUAUAUCAACAAUCGCAAUCGACGAUACCCGUGGAGACUUCCAUGAUUACAACUGCUACAACCACAAAAGUAUACGAUGAGAAAAUAGAAACUCCCGAAAUAAUAGCCUCGAUUCCGGUGAGUCAGACAUCGAGUCAAGGAUCAUCCGAGAUUUACGAUGAUCUUACAGAAGCGACUCAACACGCGGAAACUUUGACUUUAAGUGGUUUGGUUGACCAUGAAGAAUUACCUGAAAUAAACGAAGAGAUGGCUGAAAUGAACUAUGAAUCACCGGCCACACCGGAAACGAAUCACGAAUUACCGGAGCCGGUGCAGGAGACCCAAGAAUCGAAUCAGGAGCUUCCAGAGAAGAGCGAAGAAUUCUCGCAACAGCAAUCGACACAAACUUCUAUCACAAAAGCUAUGGAUGGCCAGAUAAAGAAAAAACCGACCGUUGAUAGCGUUGUGGACGAAAUUUAUGGAAUCGUAAAAACGAGCACUUCCCCAUUCAGCGAGGAAUCGGAUAUUACCGGCGAAUCGAAAAGUGCGACAGGAAUUUCAAUCGAGAAGAUGGAGACUAUUGAGGAUGAAGAAGAAGAAACGAGGUUCACUCUGUUGGGUGAGAAAGUGUCUCAAGUACCGCGGCCAAGUUUGAACAGCUACUUAAAGCGUGCCAAAGUGCCAGUCAGACCGGCUCUUCAACAACUGGCGAAUCUUUAUGACGUUCUCAGCAAGGACGCGCGAAAGCAAGGAUUCGCGCGUUUUGCCGGUUAUUCGGACGAAAUUCUGAAGAAUCUGCAUUCAUCAGCCGAGGGUGGUGUCGGAUCACAGCUGAAGAAGCUCCUAGAAAAAGUAAUAGAGCGGAACGAGCUCACCAGAGAUGACGCAAAAAUAAAGACAUCGCAAACGCUGCGUGAUCUCGACGAUCCUGCCAGCGCGCUCAACAAGGAUUUGAGACGCCUGUUACCUUUACGUUAUAUGCCCUGAUUCCCCUUGACAGAAGAAUUUCUUUGUAAUUCUUGUUUCUCUUCAAGAAAUAGAGAUAUAAAUAAUUUUCUUGCAACGUAAUUUAUUUUGUUUAUAAAGAAAUAAUUCUUAUAUUCUUUACAUCCUUAUGUAUCAUUAAAAAAUAUUAUAAUAAUGAAUCUUUGGGCUUCAAAAGCUCUGUUUCAGCAAUUCAAGAGAUACGGAAAUGCAUAUAUGGCUUAUUAAGAAUUAUUUU